AUGCAACUUACGUGGAAAGACAUUCCCACCGUGCCCACGGCCAACGAUAUGUUGGAUAUCGUGCUCAAUAGAACCCAGAGAAAAACCCCUACGGUCAUCAGACCCGGGUUCAAAAUCACCCGUAUCCGGGCGUUUUACAUGAGAAAAGUCAAGUUUACCGCUGAAGGUUUUGCUGAGAAGUUCACAGACAUGUUGGCGGGGUUCCCCAACAUCAACGACGUGCAUCCGUUCCACAGAGACUUGAUGGACACGUUGUAUGAGAAAAACCACUACAAAGUGUCUUUGGCUGCUGUGUCCAAGGCGAAAACUUUGAUCGAGCAAGUGGCCAGAGACUACGUGCGUUUGUUGAAGUUCGGCCAGUCGUUGUACCAGUGUAAGCAGUUGAAAAGAGCCGCUUUGGGUAGAAUGGCCACCAUCACAAAGAAAUUGAAGGACCCCUUGGUCUACUUGGAACAGGUGAGACAGCACUUGGGCCGUUUGCCUUCCAUCGACCCCAACACAAGAACGUUGCUUAUCUGCGGCUACCCUAACGUGGGAAAAUCGUCCUUCUUGCGCUGCAUUACCAAGGCCGACGUCGAGGUCCAGCCUUACGCUUUCACCACCAAAUCCUUGUACGUGGGUCAUUUUGACUACAAGUACUUGCGUUUCCAGGCAAUCGACACCCCGGGAAUCUUGGACAGACCAACCGAGGAAAUGAACAACAUUGAAAUGCAGUCCAUCUACGCCAUUGCCCAUUUGCGCUCGUGUGUGUUGUACUUCAUGGAUUUGUCCGAGCAGUGUGGCUUUUCCAUCGAGGCUCAGGUCAAGUUGUUCCAUUCCAUCAAACCAUUGUUUGCCAACAAGUCUGUCAUGGUUGUCAUGAACAAGAGUGAUAUCAUCAAGGUCGAGGACUUGGACGAAGACAAACAGGCCCUUUUGAAAACCAUUUCUGACACGGCCGGCGUUGAUGUCAUGCAUACUUCCUGUUAUGAGGAGGAGAACGUGAUGCAAGUGCGUAACCAGGCGUGUGAGAAGUUGUUGACUGCCCGUAUUGAGCAGAAAUUGAAGGGCUCGGCCCGUGUCACCAAUGUGUUGAACAAAAUUCAUGUUUCCAGACCACAGCAACGUGACGAAACAGAGAGACCUGCUUUCAUUCCUGAAGGAGCUAAAGCAUUGGCCAAGUACGACCCAGAAGAUCCAAACAGAAGAGUUUUGGCCCGUGACAUUGAGAGCGAAAACGGCGGAGCCGGUGUGUUCAAUAUCAAUCUCAAAGAGUUCUACAUGUUGGAAGAUGACGAGUGGAAAAACGAUGUCAUGCCAGAAGUGUUGGACGGCAAAAACGUCUACGACUUUUUGGACGCCGACAUUUCGGCCAAGUUGCAGGCUUUGGAAGAAGAGGAAGAACGUUUGGAAGCCGAAGGUUUCUACGACUCCGACUCUGAUGUGCAAGACGAGGAUGCAGAAGAAGUUCGGGAAAAAGCCGAGUGGAUUCGUAAUAAGCACAAGGUUAUGGUGCAAGAUGCUCGUAACCGUAAAUCGUUGAAGAACAAGUCGAUGAUGCCACGUGAACACAUCAAGAAGACAUUCAGCCAGAUGGAAGACCACAUGUCUUCCUUGGGCCACGACACAAGCGCAUUGAAAUCCCGCACCAAGAAGGCUUCCAGCACAUUGAGCGGCGUGGACAUUUUGCGUAAGAACCAAGGCUUGGGCAAGAAGGUGCAGAAAAUCAAGGCGCCAGUGGGCCAGAGCGAUCGUUUCAACGACGGUGUGGCCGAUGGAGCUGUGCGGUCGCAGGCUGAGAGAGUGGCCAAGUUGCACAGAAGAGAGAGAAACAGAAUGGCUCGCCAAGGUGAGGCGGAUCGUCAUGUUAGUGCGUCGAUGCCAAAGCACUUGUACUCUGGUAAGAGAGGCUUUUCGGCCGACCGCCGUUAG